CGCUUCUAUCAUCACCAUGUCGAGUGUUCUAGAUGCAGUGCCUUGCAGGAAAUCUCACGAGCACCAAGUCGAGAUCUCCGACACGGAGUUUGAGGACUGCUGCAGCUCGUUGAAUCUGGAUCAAAGCUCGCCGCUCCACUGGACACAGAUCACAGAAAGUCCUGAGCAUUAUGGUGUUAUCUCAACACAGGAGAUGAUCCUUACCAAGAAAGUCCGCAAGCAGUUCUACCAUGGUGGCGAUGAUAAUCAAGGAGCUUUACGUUCUUUCUCCGCCAUGCCUGUGCCUGUGGAAGGGAAUCAAUCACUCCCAGCCAAAGAAGACGAAGAUGAAGAGCGCUUACCUUGUGCCUUUCCACCGUUCUCGUUCAAAGACAGCACAACUUUUGCUGGCUUUGUGAGGAGUCUAACUGUUCCAGACGACGGGAUCCAUGAUCACCAAGACGAAGAACUGGAAGGAGCUGACGAUUUAUCGCCAACCACGGUUCUCGAGACAGCAGCAAGUUCUUCCUCCGCAUCCACACCAUCUGCGUCUAAAGCUACAGAUUUCAACGAACUCGCUCCAUUUCCAGCGUCGUUCCCUUCUGCUAUGACGUCCAUGGAUGCUCUCCUCACUGCCAGCAACGAAUUCAGCUUUUCAAUGUCGCAAGCAGUCCCUGCCUCACCUCCAGAGAAGACUCUCUACGAUCUUCUGGAGCUGAAGUUUGAUGGUUUCGGUUGCGAGCACCAAUUGCCCGGUCGGCUUGACGUCCAUGACAAUCGCGACGAAAAGCUGCAGUCGAGAGGUUUCCAGAGGUUGAGCAAUAGCCUGGCCAAGAGCUUUUCUUAUGCGCCUCAUUUGUUCCUGCCGCAAAAUACCACCCAGCAUGUUAGAAGCCAGUCCCUGGCAUACACCAGCAAACCUGAGAAGCAGUUCAACUUCGGUGGCUUCUUUAGCAGCUCCAACAACGAGAUUUCCAGCAGAAGCAGCAGCAAAAAUAGUCGCACCAGCAGCGAGUUCAGUAUAGAACUGGGAAACAGGUCCGGCAGAUACCUCGACUUGGACUUCACGAAGGACGCUGAAGAGCAACAGGAUCCCCAAGACUCUAACUUUCAAUCUGAUGCCAGGAGCAACGUGGAGGAGGUCGUCUGCAACAAGGAUGACUCCAAGUUCACGUCUUCACCUGUAUCGUCCGCAUUCUUGUUUGUUAAGUCUGACACCAGUUGCUCUGACGACUAUAUCAACUUCCAGCCUAAACCAUCUCCCACCAGCCACGGAGAGGAGAGUAACGUCGUGCAAAGAUUUUUUCGAAGCGGAAGCCAGUGCCGGGAAAUCUCAGAUAGCGGAAAGCCGAAGGUAAGUUCUGUUCGCUGUUGCUUGCUGGAUCUCUUAGAAUUGUGGUUCUCGCAGGGAAGUUGGUUCAUCUGCUGCUGGAGAAGUUGAAGAACCUA